AUUCUUAGUUGCCACGACAUGAGCUUCCACCAUCACCACAGAAAAAAAUGAAAGAAAAUAUGGCUAAACAAGAGAAACCUUUCUUUGCCAUUCAUCAUCCAUGGCUCUUCUUCCUUCUUCUUCUCUCAUAACUCUUCUCCAUAUCUCAUCCCAACGUUAUCUUCCAUCUUCCUUUCACAGCUCCAUCACUCUUGCAUCAUCUUUCAAACCACUGACUAUUUCAAAGCAGCACCUGAGCCACAGAAGCUGCAAUUCCAAGCUCUUGGCUUUUUCUUACAGGUAUUUCAUUGAAGAAGAAGAAGAAGAUAAUGAAGAUGAAGAUGAUGAUGAAAACCACACCUUUGAUGAAGCUGUGGCUCUCUUCAAUGGAGGAGAGUACUACAAAUGUCAUGACUAUCUUGAAUCCCUUUGGAACAAUGCAGAAGAGCCCACCAGCACACUCAUUCAUGGAAUACUCCAAUGUGCGGUCGGUUUCUACCACCUCUUCAACCAGAACCACAGGGGAGCAAUGAUGGAGUUGGGGGAAGGACUAUGUAAAUUGAGAAAGAUGGAAUUCUCAAAUGGACCAUUCCAUAAGUUUGAGAAAGAUAUUUCAGCAGUUCUAGAUUUUAUCUAUCAGACUCAAAUAGAGUUAGCUGCAUGUAGUGAGGAUGUAUGUGUUACAAUGGAUCGAUCAGAAAGAUCUUACCGACUUCUGGGGGAAUAUGCUUCAGGGAAGCGUGUGUAUGAUCUAGAACUUUGUAGCGAUGCAUCAGUGUACAUUGUGUUCUGUCCUCAAGGCUCUAAUGGUUCCUCUGAAGCCCCAAGGGUAAAGCUUCCUAAGCUUAAGGCUACCAUGGAACAUCUUGUAGCCUAUGAAUACAAGUGAACAUCUUUUCAAGACACUGUCCAUAGAUCAAACCACAUGCAAUAUUUUUCUGUCCUUCUGUUGGAAGGAAGAAUUCUCUCGUGCAGUUAUCAUAGAAUAGUAUCCUGGAGUGAAAAUAGCAGUCACAAUAUGCAAAAAACCUGUGCAAUGAUUUCAAAAUUUGUGCAUUUAUGUAACCCCUCUUCCUA